AUGUCCAAAGAUUUGGAGAGUGUUAUGACUGCGUAUGGCCGAGUUGGUCAUGCGCCAACUCAGCAACAUCACCUUCAGCCGACUUGCAAAGAGGAGUGCCUGGAAGCCGCAGAGGGCAACCACAGCCUUUGCGAGGAGUGCGGUCCUGGCUUCUGUCCCGGGCACUUUGCAGAUCUCGAUUUUGGGGAUCAGGAGAUCGAGAAGAUCUGCCGGGCAUGGUUGGAGGCCCAGUGCUUCGAGCAGCUGCGCCCGCAGCGGCCACAGCGGCGCUGGUACGGCGCGGGGACGGCCCUGUGUCUGUUUGGCAACCUGGGUGCUGAGCCCGCGGUGGAAGCUUUCAGGAGGAACGUGGUACAGGUGCUGGGGGCGGAGCUUUUUCUGGUGUCGACCGAGGCCAGGGAGGCAUUGGAACUGUCGGGCUUUGAGCCGAACUGGCGCCGGGCGGUUCUGGACGUGAACUCUGAAGACCCCCAGAGGCAUCUCGACCAGUUUCCGGGCUGGCGAGAAGUCUUUGAGAUUGAAGGCAACUUUGCCGGCGGCAUCUUCUUCCCUGGCUCCGGGUGGUUUCAGGUUCGCAGCCUCAGGCGCUGCAAGGAGCUCAUCGACGAGGAGGAGCAUCUCCGAGGGUAUCGAUAUCGGCACGUUGUCCUAUCGCGGUUCGACAACAUGUGGCUGGAGCCCCAUCCACCGCUGCCGGACGGUCAGGGCUGCUGGAUCCCUUGGUACCGUGGUGGCAAUGACUGGGGUGGCUUCAAUGACCACCAUGCUUUCUGUGACCGACGAAGUGCGGAGGUCUACAUGACCGGUCGCUACGACUCCAUCACCGACACGGUGGCACAGCUUGAACUGAGGGACUGGUACGAAAGCUGCGGGAAGUUCACGUAUCCGGAGAGCCUGAAUGUGGAAAAGCACAUCCGGUACACCUUGGAGAAGGCUGGUGUCCCAGUGUUUCGCUUCCAUGGUGGUCCCUUCCGGAGUUGCGGCCGCACCAAAGGGGCCCCGGGUCCGGGAAAAGGUUGCGUGCUCGAGGAGGAGCUCGGGGUGCCAGCGAAGAGCAGCGGAGCUCAGUUGACGGAUGCACUCGAGCGCCUUCGCUUGCUGACGACUGCCGCUGAGCCCCGGCAGCUGCCACCGGUGGUGAAUCGUGCCGAUAGGGCGAGGUAUGAGCACCACCCCGUUUUCCACGAUUUCCAAAACCGGCUUUGGCCGGUGACGGAGGAGUUCCUCUUCGACUGGACGGGCCUGCGGUGGCCUCGGAGCAUCUGCCGGCGCCAGGCGACGGGUCCCAGGAGGAGCGAUCAUUGGAUGGCGGAGUUGGUUAAUUGGAAGUGGCUCUGCCAGGUCAAUGUGGCACACCUAAAGUCGGGACUGCAGCUUGCGUGCCCGCCCCUUCCCAUGGUGGAUUCGAGUUACUUCUUAGCCAUUGUGGUCGGGGAGGCCGUUCUGAACAGCGAGGCCCAGGAGGAACCUCGGCCUUUCGUCAUGGGGACAGCCGGAGCGAUGCUUGGGCACUGGGCAGCACGGGCUGGGAAACUCUCCCAGCGAAGGGCGGACGCGGCUCUGGGACCUCCGCAGAUCUUCGUGGCAGAGGAUGGUGAUGAGUGGUUCUGCAGCCUCCUCUGGCAAGUUUUUCUGGACGAUUUGCAGUCACCUUCCCUUCACUGUGGCCCGCCCUCUUUGGCGUCGCUGUCGCAGUGGCUGGAAGAUCAGGCCCAUGUGGACCUCCUCCUCCUCACUUUCAGUGACCUCAUCCUCGCUUGGCUCCGGGGCUUUGCGGCCCUUCUGCGAGAGCGCGUGGAGGCCUUGGCGGUCGUAGACCUUUCGGUGGAGGAGAAAGGCCAACUUCUCGAGCUCCUAGAUGGCUGGGUUUUGGUCCACGACUCGACCUGCCCGAACAGCUGUUUUGUGCAGACCAGCUACGGACCGGUGGAGGUGCGCAGAGGCACCAUCGUCGCCAGAUCUUCAGGAAAAGGCAACCAGGCCUCGGAGUCUUCCGCACCCGCUUCAGCGGAGUCGACCUCCGGGGAGCUCUCAGAGGAGCUGGUGCUCCGAGCUCUCAGGAAUGCCGAGCAGACCAUGGGUUCAGCCGGCAGGUACGAGGCUGGGAAGCUUGAUGAAGGCCGGAAGGUGGUCGUCAAGGUCUUCAAAGAUGUACCGGGUGCAGACGCGCAGAAGAUCAAGCAACGACACCUGCUUGCAGAAGCCCCAAACCCCAAAAUUCUGCAUCCUGCACCCCCUUAG